CAGAUGGAGUCUACUUACUGUUGUUGGGAACUGAGAGAUGGGAGACGGUAGGACUAGCGAGUUCUUGUGUUUAACAUAUAUUUCCCAGAUGAAGGACUAUUCACACGUAGUCUUUAAUUUCCCUCCUUUGUCUACGAUAAUGUCAUCUAUUACGACAUUCGUUCAAUGUUACGUUCUUAAACCUGAGACUUUAGCGAUUUGCUUACUGCUUUUGGGCUUGUAUUUCUUUUUCCAGUCGGUACAGUUAUGGUAUAAAUCUGUGAUAAACCGACUUCAGUAUUCUACAAGUUUAGCUGAAGGAUUCGGAGUUUUCACUGCUCCAUCAGGUAAACACGACUUCAGAACGUGGGAAUUGAGAGAAGGUAAUGCUAAUGUAUACGCUUUACAAGGCAGGAGGCCUCAAAUGGAAGAUCGCUUUAGUCUAAUGAUUGAUAGAAAAAACGACAUUGCCUUAUAUGGUGUAUUUGAUGGACAUGGAGGCGAGUUUGCAGCGAAAUACGCCGAACAGCACCUAUUCAAGAACCUUCUACCUAAACUUCAAGACAUUUUAAACCAGCCCGAGUGGCAUAAACCAGAACAAGCCAAGGAUAGAGAAGAGGAUACACCAGAAGGCGUCAGUGAGAAUUUAGACCCAAUUCCUUCUAACUCCAAAGUAGAUGAGCUCACCAGAUUAUUAACUGAAGAGAUUUUAACAUUGGAUAAAGAGUUGAUUGUUGAGGCUAAGUCAUCCGGGGAUGUUGCAGGCACAACAGCCGUCGUUGCAUUGGUACACAACCAGCAACUGAUAGUAGCGAACGUUGGAGAUUCCCGAGGUGUGCUCUGCGGCAGCGAAGAAGUAACGAUACCAGCCACAUUUGAUCACAAGCCUCAGCAGCUAAAAGAGCACAAAAGAAUUAAGGAGGCUGGCGGUUUCAUCACGUUUAACGGAGUGUGGAGGGUUGCUGGUAUACUUGCAACAUCACGAGCUCUAGGAGAUUACCCCUUGAAAGAUCGGAAACUCAUCACAGCAGAGCCUGAUAUUCUCACCUUCAACCUCAAGGAAAUCACCCCUCAGUUUAUGAUUCUAGCUACUGAUGGAUUGUGGGAUGCUUUUACAAAUGAAGAAGCUGUCUUAUUCAUUUCCAAUCAUCUCGACGAACCUUAUUUGGGUGCCAAAAGCCUUGUGAUGCAAGCUUAUUUGCGCGGAUCUGUUGAUAACGUCACUGUAAUGGUGGUUGACUUUAGAGAUUUCUCACCGAAAGACGAAGUUUUUAUUUAGGAAUCAAGCCUCAUUCUGGAGUGUACUAGAAACGAAGAGUUUUUUCUUUUGUAAAGAUUUUAAGAAGUACUUUAAGAACCGUUAAAAAAAGACUGACGAAGCAUUCAGUUUAUGCGUGCAUGAACAAUUUUUUGAUGAAUUUCAUGAAAUAACUUAGUUUAGUGCCUUAGAAUUAGAAGAUACAUUUUGAGUUUGAGAUGUUGACUUUGACAUGAUUUUCUUUCACGGGCCUUCCUUACAGAAACCAUUUGGAUACAUGCCUAAUUACACUUAAGACGUGCUUAACUAGGUUGAUUCAGAUAAUUUCAUAAAUCCCAAAGGACACUUAAACUUUACUGCCUUAUUGUGUAGUUAAAGUGCGAGGAACAUAUACAAACAUGUAAUAAUCCUUUUACCAUCAUCUCCGCUUAGAAAAAAAACCUUACUUUUGUUCAUCUCUUGGUUUAAUAUGAGAGUGUUAAUCGAGGAUUAAAUAUUAACAUUUAUUUUCUGAUCAAGAACUAAAUGUUAACAUUUAUUUUCUGAUCAAGAAUUAAAUGUUAACAUUUAUUUUCUGAUCAAGAAUUAAAUGCUAA